GGCAUGGAAUAAUUGAAUGUUGGCAUUAAUUGGUAAAUAUCGAACUUCGAUUUGGACGCCAUUGAGAGACCAUCGUAAUCCGGAAGUCACGUUCUACUUCAUCAAGGAUGGUUAAUAUGGAUACACAAACCGAGUUUCAGUUAUUUGCGCGCGCCUUACGUUCACGGGAUAUUUAAGUGACUCUACCCCUACUACGGACCAAACGAUGCCCGGGAAUACGACAGUCGGUAGCACUCUACUGGACGAGGAACUUCGUCGUAUUCUUGUGGAAAGGGAGCAAGAAUGUUUGCAGUUGCAGGCGAUGAAUUCCACCCCACCAGCAGAAUCAUACUGUCGAAUGACCUUCGACGGAUGGUCCUGCUGGCCAGACACUCCAGCUGGAAGCACAGCUUAUGCUCCCUGUCCAAAUUUCAUCACCGGUUUCGACGCCUCGUUGAGAGCGCACAAAUACUGCGAAUCGAAUGGUACCUGGUUUCGACAUCCAGAGUCCCAUCAAGUCUGGAGCAAUUACACGACGUGUGUCAACUUAAAGGACCUCAGUUGGCAGCAAGGGAUUAACGGACUUUACGAGACCGGAUACGCGAUAUCGUUGGUCGCGUUGCUGCUCUCGUUAGGUAUUCUCACCUAUUUCCGCUCUCUGAGGUGCGCCAGGAUCACUCUUCAUAUGAACCUGUUCGCUUCGUUCGCUGUAAAUAACGCGCUGUGGCUGGUCUGGUACAGAUGCAUCGUCGCGAACACGGAUUUACUGUUGAACAAUGGGAUAACGUGUCGCCUAUUGCACAUCAUCCUGCACUACUUCCUACUCACUAAUUACGCCUGGAUGUUGUGCGAAGGUUUUUACUUGCACACCCUACUCGUUAGCGCUUUCACAAGCGAGCACAAAUUAGUAAAGUGGCUGAUGGGCCUCGGCUGGCCAGUGCCCGCUGUCAUCGUUACGAUUUAUGCCUCUUUGAGGGCGACCAGCGAUGAUCCUUCGGACACCGAACAGUGUUGGAUCAACGAGGGAAACUACAUAAACGUGCUAGUUUAUCCAGUCUGCGUUUCCACCCUGUUGAAUCUGCUGUUUCUUUUCAACAUCGUUCGAGUUCUAUUGAUGAAGCUGAGGGCUGGUCCCACGAUUGGCACGCAACCAUCGAGGUCUAUGCGUCAAGCAUUUCGAGCAACGCUUCUUCUCGUGCCUCUUCUGGGUCUACAUUAUCUCGUCAUCCCCUUCAGACCGCCGAAAAACCAUCCCUGGGAGCAAUUCUACGAGGUUCUAUCCGCCAUAACGGCCUCAUUCCAGGGUCUCUGCGUGGCCAUUUUAUUCUGUUUCUGCAACGGCGAGGUGAUCGCGCAGUUCAAGAGGAAAUGGGAAGGAACGGCUCUUUUACGAAAUCGAGCAAAUUCUUGCACGGCAACCACCGUCUCGGUCCGAUGGCGGGAGAGGAGAAGGUGUGACUAUCAGUCGUCCGCUCUGGAUCCGCUCGACGAGAAACAGACCGUGGACGAGGAGCACAGGCAAACCGUGCAGCUGGUCGCCGCCAAUCCCGUCCCCAAUAGUCACGACAAUCACGCGAGGGUGCUUGUGAAGUCGAACGAUUCGUUCGACUGCGAGCAGACGCAGUGCUGA